AUGACGUUGCGAAAAUCUUUUCGCCGUGGACCUUUUGAGGCGGUUCUAGUGAUGUCUACUCUGCCUCGGCAUGAUCAUACGUCCGAUUCGACUCCCUCUUUAGACGGCAAAGGGGGUACAGAUCCAGCAGCGAAAGGACGAAAGUCAACGAAAAGGACGGGUCCUAGCUAUGUAUAUUACCGUCUAUAUACCAAACUCGGUGCAUUUGAAUCAAAUCACGCACUCUACCACAACGACCGUUUCAUUGGUCGCGUUCCAUCGAAUUAUUUUGCUCCUCCUCAUACCGUGGCUUCUAUCAAGCGGUCCCUGUGCAAAAUCGAGGGCCUCUCUGAGCCCGACAAGGCGCUUGUUUUCACACCGCUCUCAAGCCCAACACCUAAAGAAGACUCUGCCCGCAUCCCUUUUCUUAUUGACGUCUCCUACACAAACUUCAGUGCACUCAUCAACUUUGCAGUAUACUAUCGCGUCUACUUAUCAGAGGGAAAAAGGGAUGAAAAGACGAAGACAUCCUUUGACGAAAGCGAUAUUUCGUUAGGACGCAUCAACACCCUCUUCAUAGCUCCCCCUCACACUGCCGGGUCUUUGAAAGCACAUAUCGCGCAAGUCGAAGGCUUGGUCACGCCGGGUCAUGCACUCUACGUGGAAAUGGAACUCUUUCAAGACAUGAAUAGUGAUGCUGCUAUGAGCGACACCGAUGUCAUAUCCUUUCAAGGUGACACUCAUCCGGGUAGUGAUGAAGGCGAUCCCAUAGCCCUUGUCAAUGCAACCUCUACAUCAGGAUACAUGGUAAUCAAUUCUGAGGGUAAAAAAGGCUUUGUCCAAACGGUCCUUCAGAAAUUUCAGAGAUAUUUACACGAGCAAAACCCAAAACUCCACGUGUUCAUUCAUCCAGAUCGUAAAAAGUCGUAUAAACUUGAAGGUCAUAAACCUGGAACGAAAUCCGAAGAAGAUCUCCCACCAAGGCCCAAAUGGACCAAUCAAGCAGCAAGCUCAAGGUCAACACUACCUUCUGCUGCUCCUCGCCAACCAGCUCUACAUCCCAACCCCGGUCAACCUCCUCACAAGCACCUUCAACACAGCGGCACACACGCUAAUGUCCACAAGCACGGGGACGCGUGUGUUGUUGGCCUGGACCACCGACGCCUAAUGGGAUCGGUCACAUUGCACCGAAUGGGGGCACGGAAACGGAAGUUCCCGUUGGGGUGA